CUGAGCCGCCCUCUUGUGCUUGUUCUGCCCUGAGUUCUGUCAUCAAUCAAACUGCACUGAGGGGAAAAUUGUGCAAAUCCUGAGAGAGAGAGACGAGAGAGAGAGAGAGCUCCAGGAGACAGUUCGGAAAAGUUCUUCAAAUCAGACUCUCUCAGAUGGCUGUGUUCACAGGGAGGGACAGGCCAGAGCUCAGCAGGAGACUGCUGCUUCUCGGGCUGUGGCUACUGGCCGUCUCUGGGCAGCGGACCACGCCAGUGCCCCUCCAAAGGGAGAAGGUGGGGGUCCGAUUGUCGGGCUACCCCCGCAAGCACAACGAGGGCCGGGUGGAGGUGUCCUACGAGGGAGAGUGGGGGACCAUCUGCGAUGACGAUUUCAAGCUGGACAAUGCUGUGGUUCUGUGCCGGAUGAUGGGUUUCACCACAGCCGUGGGCUGGACACACAGUGCCAAGUACGGCAAAGGGACAGGGAGGGUGUGGCUGGAUAACCUGGAUUGUCGUGGGACAGAGAAGGAUGUCUCGGAGUGCAAGUCCCUGGGGUGGGGGCAGACUGACUGCACACACGAGGAGGACGCUGGAGUCAUCUGCAAGGAUGAGCGCAUCCCCGGAUUUGUAGACUCAAACAUCAUCUCGGUAAUGAAGCCACGCGAUUGA